CCAUGAAAACGCAGGUCUGGGGGAGCUCCCCGCGGGCGCCCAUGGCUGCGGCGAUGCCGUGCAAGAGCGCGGAGUGGCUGCAGGAGGAGCUGGAGUCGGGCGGCGGCCGCUCGCUGCUGCUGCUCGACUGCCGCCCCCACGAGCUCUUCGAGAGCUCGCACAUCGAGACGGCCAUCAACCUGGCCAUCCCCGGGCUCAUGCUCCGCCGCCUCAAGAAGGGCAACCUGCCCAUCCGCUCCAUCAUCCCCAACCACGAGGACAAGGAGCGCUUCGUCAAGCGCUGCAAGGCCGACACCGUGCUGCUCUACGACGAGGCCACCGCCGACUGGCAGGACGGCGGCGCCGCCACCUCCGUCCUGGGGCUCCUGCUCCAGAAGCUGCGCGAUGACGGCUGCAAAGCCUAUUACCUGAAAGGUGGCUUUAACAAGUUUCAGACCGAAUAUUCAGAGCACUGCGAGACGAACCUUGACAGCUCCUCGCCCAGCAACUCUCCCCCGGCAUCAGUCCUUGGCCUGGGAGGGCUGCGGAUAAGCUCUGACUGCUCAGAUGGCGAAUCCGACAGGGAACCCAGCAGUGCCACGGAGUCGGACGGGAGCCCCAUCCCUAACAAUCAGCCUGCCUUUCCGGUCCAGAUCCUACCUUACCUGUACCUGGGCUGUGCCAAAGAUUCAACCAACUUGGACGUCCUGGGCAAAUACGGCAUUAAAUACAUCCUGAAUGUGACUCCCAACCUGCCAAACAUGUUUGAGCACGAUGGAGAGUUCAAGUACAAGCAGAUCCCCAUCUCAGAUCACUGGAGCCAGAACCUCUCGCAGUUCUUUCCCGAGGCCAUUGCUUUCAUUGAUGAGGCCCGUUCCAAGAAGUGUGGGAUCCUUGUUCACUGCCUCGCUGGCAUCAGCCGGUCCGUAACAGUCACUGUCGCCUACUUGAUGCAAAAACUCAACUUGUCCCUGAACGAUGCCUAUGACUUUGUGAAAAGGAAAAAAUCCAACAUUUCCCCAAACUUUAACUUCAUGGGCCAGCUCCUGGACUUUGAGAGGACUCUGGGACUCAACAGCCCUUGCGACAACCGCUCGCCCAGCGAACAGCUCUACUUCACCACCCCCACCAACCACAACCUGUUUCAGCUGAACACUCUGGAGUCCACAUGAAGGGGAUGCCGCCUGGUCGGGAACUUGAGCAUCGAAUCGCUUCUCUUGAGCAUUUCAACUCUUACGAAAAUAUCUGUCUUGCCAGGCAGCUCUGAAAGUACUAGCUUCUCUGGGCAGAGGUGCCUGAUCGCUGCUUUAAGAAGGCUAAUGCCAUUCAUUAGUAUCCUGAUCAAAGUGGUUUGAAGAGGUAGUCUUUUUACAGGGGGUUAUUUAACACGGGCGAUGUUACAGCGUUUUGAACGCAGCUGUUACCGGCAAUAACCGCUUUCCUGGGUGCAUUGGGACUGUCAGAGCACGCACACAUGUGAAGAGCUACCAGGAGUUAGCUUGCUGUGGAAAGUGAGGAGAUUUAUGCACUUGGAAACCUUGAACAAAAGGUGUUGGGCCAAGACUGUUUAAAACCCAAGUUUACUUUUUUUUGAUUUUAGAAAAAGCAAAGGUAGAUCUUACUCGAGCUUUGGGUUCAAACUCUUUUUAAAUGUGUAAGUUCCUGACUGUUUGUACAGACGAGGUUGCAAAACCAGUAUUUUAUUCUGUUUCUUGUUUGAUCAUUUAUUAUUUUUUUUAAUCAAAUGUUUAUAUUGACCAAAUGCAUUUUGCACACUUUGUGAAGCCUUGGUAUGUCCUGGCAUAUUACUGGGUACUCCAGAGAGAGAUACAUGCUGCUGCUGUUGUUGUUAGCAUCUGGUAGGAAGCUUUGUUAUGUGUGAAGGCCAGUUGGGCUUAAACGCAACCCCUUCACCACUCCUGCACUCACAAUCACAAACUCUGCACUGAUUCAGCCAAGGUGACUAAGC